CGCUUCUCCUGACCUUCAGUGUGCCCAGACCCGCACCAUGGCGCCCUCCAGGAAGUUCUUCGUCGGGGGCAACUGGAAGAUGAACGGGAGGAAGAAUAACCUGGGGGAGCUCAUCAACACGCUGAACAAGGCCAAGGUGCCGGCCGACACCGAGGUGGUAUGCGCACCCCCUACUGCCUACAUCGACUUCGCCAGGCAGAAGCUGGACCCCAAGAUCGCUGUGGCUGCGCAGAAUUGCUACAAAGUGACCAAUGGAGCCUUCACUGGGGAGAUUAGGCCUGGCAUGAUCAAGGACUGUGGCGCCACGUGGGUAGUCCUGGGGCACUCAGAGAGAAGACACGUCUUUGGGGAGUCAGAUGAGCUGAUCGGGCAGAAGGUGACCCAUGCCCUGUCUGAGGGGCUUGGAGUGAUUGCCUGAAUUGGGGAGAAACUCGAUGAAAGGGAAGCUGGCAUCACUGAGAAGGUCGUUUUUGAGCAGACCAAGGCCAUCGCAGAUAAUGUGAAGGAUUGGAGCGAGCAGACCAAGGCCAUCGCAGAUAAUGUGAAGGAUUGGAGCAAGGUUGUCCUGGCCUAUGAGCCUGUGUGGGCCAUUGGUACUGGCAAGACUGCAACACCGCAGCAGGCCCAGGAAGUGCAUGAAAAGCUCCGGGGCUGGCUUAAGUCGAAUGUGUCUGAUGCAGUGGCUCAGAGCACCCGUAUCAUAUAUGGAGGUUCUGUGACUGGGGCAAACUGCAAGGAACUAGCGGGCCAGCCUGAUGUGGACGGUUUCCUUGUGGGUGGUGCUUCUCUCAAGCCCGAAUUCGUAGACAUCAUCAAUGCCAAACAAUAAGCACUGCAUCUCUCCCGUCAUUCCUGCUAAGCCCAGGACUUUGAGGCUCCCUAGUCCAGUCAUAAUUGUGCCGCUCCUGCCCCUGCUUCUGAUGGUGUCACUUGCCCCCUCGUCUGUGGCCGACUCCCACCACCUUCCUUUACUGUUUACACAGCUUCCCCUGCGCCAUGGUUGGGAUCAGGCCCAUCCCUUCUCCACUUCCUGUAGUGG